GGGGCAGAGCCGAGCCGGCAGGGGCAGGGCCGAGCCAGCGGGGCAGAGCCAAACUCAGCGGGACAGAGCCGAGCCCAGCGGGACAGAGCCGAGCCCAGCGGGAAGAGCCGAGCCCAGCGGGGCAGAGCCGAACCCAGCGGGGCAGAGCCGAGCCAGCCGAGCCGCGGCAUCAUGCUGGGCAUGGUGAAGAACUCGCUGCUGAGCACGGUGGAGGCAUGGCCCUACCGCCUGCUGAGCAAGGGCGAGAAGGAUCAGGUCAGCUACGAGGAGAGGACGUACGAGGGCGGGAAGUUCGCGGCGGUGGAGCUGGUGGGGAAGCCGUUCGACGAAGCCUCGAAGGAAGGGGCAGUGAAGCUCCUCAAGUACGUGGGAGGAAGCAACGACAAGGGGGUUGGAAUGGGCAUGACUGCUCCUGUCUCCAUCACUGCUUUUCCUGCUGAAGAUGGCUCCUUUCAGCAGAAGGUGAAAGUCUCUCUGCGGAUCCCGAGCCAGUUUCAAGACAGCCCUCCAUGUCCUACUGAUGAAAGCAUUAAGAUUGAAGAAAGACAGGGGAUGACCAUUUAUUCCACGCAGUUUGGUGGCUAUGCCAAAGAGGCAGAUUACGUGAGCUAUGCUUCCAAGCUGAAGGCUGCUCUGGGGAGUGAUGCUGCCUACCACAAGGAUUCCUACCUGUGCAAUGGUUAUGACCCGCCCAUGAAGCCUUACGGACGCCGCAAUGAGGUCUGGUUUGUGAAGGAGUGAACAUCUGGCUCCCUGUGGUGCUGCCUUGCUCUGAUAACCUCCCUACACUAUGUCCCUGUCCUCUUUGUAAAAUAAACUAAGAAUUCAACAAAGGCAAAAAACUAUCACUGCCUUUUUCCAUGCCUUAGUCUUUUAUGGACCAUUCAAGUCAUUUUAGAAGAACACUUGCUGACCCUCGUGACAGUGCUGCUCCUUCAUUCCAGACCAGGUCCUCAGCCACACAGACUCUCUUGAUCUCUCUGUGGCUUGUUUUUAUCUCCUUUGUGCUUCCAGAGUUCAGUGCUGAGAAAACCAAAAGCACUUAAUUGGCUGGUGCCUGCCAGGAGUCACGUCCAAGUGUAGGCAGACUAUUAGUCUCACCUGAGACCGGCAAGGGAACAUGACAAAAGUGCAUACAGAGACUUUUUUAUCUCUUUCAGUUUUGCUGCAGCUGUAAAAUGCUGCUUUUAUCUUUGCCAUUCCACAAACAAUCUAAAGGGACACGGGCAUUGCUGCCAACACAGCAUAGAGAAAAUAAACAUCCUUUACAUUAAUUCAGAGUGUGCAGAAGAUCAGCACUUCUGUCAUCUGUCUGAGAAAUGCCAUUCAGAGAAACAUCCAGAUUCUAUUUGCAGCUUUCUUUUGUUUGAGGAGAGAUGUGUGCUGUGUUUCAUCUCAGCUAGCAGCUGGACAGUGUGACCUGGAGACCUCAAGAUUGUUUCCUCACCUUCCUAUUACUUUUGUGUAGCAUUUCUUUAAAACUAGCCUUAUGCAAGGGCCAAAGCAGAAAUGUGUGUGGUUAUCUAAUUGAAUUAGAGAAAUGCAAGGCUGGGGAGAAAGAAGAUGCUUAUUACUUGUGAUCUGAGAGUGCGUUUGAAGAAUGGUGGAAAUAUGGUGAAACUACCAUAGGUGCCAAUCUAAAAAACUUUUCUUAAAAGGUGUCAAUUUUUGAAGGGCUACUCAGACCAGCUGUUUUCUUUAGAGAAGGAAAAGGAAA